AUGCGAGGGGGGAUAUUGGACCAUCGAAUUACCAGUAUCCGGCCGCUGAACGCACCGAGAGAGUACGAAGUGAAAUGCCGUCUUGCUUAUGGAGGGUCGACGAUAGUAGCAACCCGCAGAUCUACUUGCCAGAAAGAUUUCAACAAGACAUGGACUGAAUACAAGACUGGAUGGACCACGCCAUGCAACAGAUGGCUCGGACUUGAAGCUCUACACUACAUCUCAAACCAACGCAGUGCCACUUUCGAUAUAUACGUGAGUGGAACUGGUGCGCUGGUUGGCCAGUAUUACUACUCUGAUUUCAAGAUUGGGGAUGAGGCCAGUGGGUACACUCUCAGCUACAUCGGACAUUUUAAUCACAGCACUGAAGCGUCCGGCAAUGGGUUUGAGUACGAAGGAGCAAGCAAGCACAUCAAUGGUCAGAGGUUCGCCACGUGGGACCGCCCCGACCCCUCGGGAUGUGCUAUAAGUGGUGGGGCAGGGUGGUGGUAUGGGACAGACUGCCCUCUUACAAAUCUCCACAAGAAGUUCAAUACCAAUGCGUCGGCGUCGAACAUGGUGCAAUGGCCAGACAAGAAUGGCGUUCUAGAAAAAGUACAUUUUAUGGAAACAGAGAUAAAGGUAUUAUGGUAA